GGUAGUGGGGCACAAUGGCGGCGGGGCCUGGUGUUUCUAUGCAGAGCGGCAGCCCUGCGAGAGAACUUUCUCUCUCGGUUCAGCCAGGAGGGAAUCAGCCUCAUGGGGAACGGGUCAGAUCCGAAGAGGUGACAGAGGCAGAGAAGCAGAGUCGGAUGGCUGCUCUGCUGGAGAAGCUUCAUGCCAAACACAAUGCGUCACGGCCAUGGCAGGAGACCUGCAAGGUUGUGCGACAGGCUAUGGAGAAACGUGGUGUGAUGAAUGCUUCAGGUCACCAGCUCCUGCUCACAUGCUUGGAGACCCUGCAGAGAGCGCUGAAAGUCUCAUCUCUGCCCUCCAUGACGGAUCGCCUGGAAUCCAUCGCUCGGCAAAACAUGCUUGGCUCUCACGUCAGCCCAUCAGGGACAGAGUGUUACAUCACAACAGACAUGUUUUAUGUGGAGGUGCAGCUGGACACCGGUGGCCAGCUCGUGGACGUCAAGGUGGCUCAUCAGGGAGAAAACCCUACGAGUUGUCCUGAGCUGAUUCAGCAUCUAAGGGAGAAAAACUUUGAAGAGCUUUCCAAACAUCUGAAGGGACUGGUUGAACUUUACAAGCUCCCUGGGGACAAUAAGCUGAAAACCAAGAUGUAUAUAGCACUGCAGUCGCUGGAGCUUGAUCUCACAAAGAUGAUGCACAUGUUUAGGUUAGCAACCAAUGCUAAUGCAGUGGAAACAAUUCUUCAUGGGAGUGUUGGCUUGCUGACAGCCAGGAGUGGUGGCCAUCUUGUUUCUCUGCAGUGUUACGUGUCCCCGUAUGACAUAUUUGAGGAGGGACCGGGCUCACAGCUCAACUUACCAGAUGGCAAUGUUCCACGCUCGCUGGGUAUCGGUGUAUCUGUGACGAUUGAGGGAACCUCUGCCAUCUACAAGCUUCCGAUUGCCCCGCUCAUCACUGGAUCCCACCCAGUUGACAACAAAGGGACACCUUCCUUUUCCACUGUGACCAACUCAAACUGUGUGGACCUGCCAGCUUGUUUUUUCCUCAAGAUGAACCGCCCCAUGCCUUUCUCACUGUCCUUUAUUCAGAGACUAGGCAAUGCUACAUCGAUCCCAGUGUUUGAGAGCUCCCCCAGCCUCUCACCUCUCUACCAGUUAAUUGUCCAGAGCCAACACCAACUUCAGGAGGAGGGCAGCUCCACAUCGCCGCCCUCCCACAACAUGCACUUCUAUUCUGUGUUGCCAGACCAGCAGCACUGUUACUUCCUGAAUGGUGAUGCCCCGGUGCAAGACGGUCGCUCUCUUCAAGGAGCACUGGUGUCCAAGAUCCCCUUCCGCCACCCAGCACAAGUGCCACUCUUGUUGGAUAUCAUCCGGCACCAGGCAGCCUAUAACACCUUGAUUGGCAGCUGUGUGAAGCGAACUUCCAUCAAAGAAGACAGUGCAGGCCUGCUGCAGUUUGAAGUAUGUCCUCUUACUGACUCAAGUUUCAGCGUCUCUUUCCAGCAUCCAGUGAAUGAGUCAUUAGUCUGUGUGGUAAUGGAGGUGAUUGACUCCAGACAGGUGUCCUGCAAACUUUAUAAAGGAUUGUCAGAUGCUCUGAUCUGUACUGAUGAAUUUAUUACCAAAGUGGUUCAGAGAUGCAUGUCAAUCCCUGUAACCAUGCGGGCCAUUCGGAGGAAAGCGGAGACCAUCCAGGCAGACACUCCAGCCCUCUCACUAAUUGCACAGACAGUGGAGACCAUGGUGAAAAAUAACCUGCCACCCUCCGGUAGUCCCACCUACAACAUGGCAGCAGGCGAUGGAACUAACCCUAUGGGACUGCCUGGGCUCGCAGGGGGCAACACACCUACUGGAGGAGGACCACCUGGGGGGCCUAAUUUUGGAGGUCCAAUUACUUCUCUGUUUGCAGUUUCCCGAACAGAGAGGCAAGCCCAAGGAGAGUGCCUAACCCAAGGAGGGGUGGCUGGACAGCAACAGCAGCAGGCUGGUCAAGGCCAUGCAGAUGACUACAACAAAGUCACCCAGAAUCCCAUACUUACUAGUCUAUUACAGAUAACUGGAAGUGUGGGCUCAAGUCCUAGCUCCCAGAAUGCACCACCACCCCACCAAACUCCUCCCCCAACAUCCUCCCCUGCCAGCAACACAAAGAACCAUCCCAUGUUGAUGAACUUGUUGAAAGACAACCCCUCACAAGAUUUCGCCACUUUGUAUGGUUCUAGUCCACUAGAGAGGCAGAAUUCUUCGUCUGGCUCCCCACGGACAGAGAGCAUGAGUGGCGCCUGUCCUGGAGGUAGCACAAAGGGGAAGAAGAAGCGCCCGCGGGGCACAGAAAAGGGUGGUGUGAUGCCUGGAACUGGUGCAGGUGGUGGUGGAGGCGGCGGUUUAGGCAUGAAAUCCCAACCAGGAUCUUCCAUGCCGCAGCACCAUCAGCACCAUCAAGUCUCGCAUGAGGAUGACUUCCACCGUGAGCUCCUUUCUAUGGAUGUGGAUGCAUCACAAAAUUCUAUCUUUGAUGUUAACUUGACUGGUGAUGGCCUGGACACUCCACAUAGCAUCACGCCAGCUCCUAGCCAAUGCGGAACACCACCUUCUGGCCCCAACAUGCCUUAUCCACAGUCCCAUGUCCAGUCUCAGCAACAGCAACCACCAGGUGCUGUACCGCCUCGUAUGGUCCGCCUGUCUAGCUCUGAUAGCAUUGGACAUGAUAUCACCGAAAUCUUGUCAGAUUUGCCCGAGCAGACAGGCAAAGGCAGUGGUGGGAGCCAUGGGCAGCACCCCAUGGGCAGCGGUGGGGAGGAUGGAGGCCCUCUAGGUACCCCCAUCCGUGACUCUUCCAGCUCCGGUCAGGGCAGUGCAGUGUUCGACUCGGCAGACAUCUUCAACACCAACAGCAAUGAGAAUCCUUUCACGGAUGCUGCUGACCUGAUUGCUGAGGCGGCUGCAACUGCCGCCACGCCCACCAGUGAUUCUUCUUCCACCAACUUCUUCCCUGAUGCUGCUGACUUUAACCCUGACCUUCUGACCUCAGGCCAUGGCUUCUCCCAGAACUACUUUGACGACAGCUCUCCAAGUGCAGAUGUAGAUAUGGACCUGGUCAAAGGUUUUGGUGGAAGUAGCCAGCAGAACACCCCAUCAGGAACACCUCAGAAUCCCACUCCACAUGGGCAGAGCACCCCAGAGCCCUCACUGAAGGACCCUUUUGAUAUGGGGAUAGUUUUUGGAGGUGGUAACAGUGGUGGUGGUAAACCGCUUCUCGGGCAGGCUCCUGAUUUGGGAGACACACAUGGCGGAGGGUCCCAGAGCCCCCUCAUAAUGGGCCUCGCAGCUGCAUGUGCUGAGUUUAAAACUUCAGAACCCAAAGUUAAACAGCCACAGGGACUUAUGCGACCAAAGGAUGACAAUGGGGGUAGCGGAGGGAGUAGUUCUGGGAUGGGGAUGGGGAGCAGUUCAGGAGAGGGCAAACAGGUCAAACGUAGCAGGACCCCAUCCAGUGAGGGAAAGUCUAAAGAAAAACCUCCAAAACGCAAAAAGCUGGACCCUGAUGGGAAGUCCCCCUCUCACAGCUCAGGGGGGCGGCCAUAUACGCCUCCUAGUGGUGGCUCAGGCUCUGGGGGAAGCAUGAGUGGAGGAGGCUCCAAGUCUCCUGGUAGUUCAGGACGCUCGCAAACUCCUCCUGGUGGUGCCACACCCCCAAUUCCCAAAAUCACUAUUCAGAUCCCAAAAGGGACCAUAACUGGGGGGAAAACAUCAUCCCAUAGUGGGUACACCUCCAGUAGCUCAGCCUCAAGUAGCACCGGUGGAGCUGGGGGAACCAGCAGCAGCAAAAGCCAUCAUUCUCACUCAUCUUCCUCUGGGAAGAUCAAGUCCAAAGAAGGCUCCACAACACAAGGCAACAGCUCCAAGCCAGGGAGUGGAGGGAUGGGAAGUGGAGGAGGGCCAUCCCAGUCUAAAGGUUCCUCCCAAGGGAUGGGUGUUGGCAAACCAGGAUCCUCCCCAAUCACCAAACAUGGGAUGUCUGGGCCUGGAGGUAGUGGUGGUGGAAUUGGAAGUGGUAAUAAAAUGAAGACUCAGGGAGGGAAGCCUACUGGUUCUCUUAUGAAUCCCAGUAUAAAGCCCAACAUCUCCCCUUCUCACUCCCGCUCCAGUAGCUCUGGUGACAAAUUGUCCUCUCCUAUGAAAAUGCAGCAGUCCCAGGUUCCAGGAACACCUCCUUCUUCCAAGGCUAAAUCGCCAAUGGGUUCAGGAGGUGGUAGCUCUGGGGGGUCCAAGUCUUCUUCUAGUGGAGGAAUGGGCUCCCAGAAGCCAAUGGGUGGGGGCUCCUCCUCUGGUUCCACAUCUUCCUCAUCAUCCUCAAGCUCCUCAUCAUCUUCCGGUUCCAUGAACUUCUCAGGCUCCCAGUCUCAGUAUGGUGGAGGUGGAAGUGGAGGGGGAGGUGGGGCAGGAGGAGGAAGUGGAGGCGGGGGCAGUGGUGGAGGAGGAAGCGGUGGAGGAAGCGGGGGUGGAGGUGGAAGUAGUGGAGGAGCUGGCCAGAACAAUGCAAACAACCCCAACGCCAAAGGGAAGUCUCCCAGUCGGAACAAGAAACCGUCUCUCACAGCAGUCAUAGACAAGCUGAAGAGUGUCGGUGGAGGAGGUGUAGGGGAGGAUGGAUGUGAGGUAGGGCCACCGGGAGGAGGAAAUGGUUCAGGAUCUGCUCCUGGUGGUGGUGGUCCUGGAAAUGUUCCAGGCAGUGGACCUUCAAACAUGGGUUCUUCGAAGCAUGCCUCCCAAAGUGGAGAGUAUAAGCGUGAAAAGUCUGAUAAAGAGGCAAAAGCAAAAGUGUCUGUUUCUGGUGGGAACAGUGGGGAUAAGAAGCUAAUGGACCCAAAAUCAGGCGGGGGAAGUGCGACCGGUCUAGCCAAAAUUAUCAUUAGCAAACCUGAUGGUGGCUCACCAAGCAUCAAGGCCAAAGUGACCCUCCAGAAAGCAGGGGAUGGAUCUGGCGACUCGAUGCGUCCCCAAAUAUCUAGUCUCAAAGCCUCCCCCCUCUUCAGUGGCUCCACUCCCAAGCAUGACCGAUCCUCCCCGAGCCACAGCCGCUCGCCAGGAUACACGCCGCUCAACCACGACAGCGAGAGCGAGUCGGGCAGCAGCUCAGUUGCCGAAAAGUCCCACCAGAACAGCCCCAGCUCGGAUGACGACCAGACCAUGCGCCCGCUUCCCCCACAGGACUACAUGAGCUCCAUUCCUCUCAGCUCAGGGGAAAAGCACAAGAAACACAAGAAGGAGAAGAAGAAGCAGAAAGAGAGGGAACGGGAGAGGGACAGAGACAGAGAACGGGACAGGGACAAAGAGAAAAAGAAGUCCUCUAUGUCCAUGGGGCCGUCCUCGCAUCCAAUAAAAGCAGACAGUUGGUCCCGGUCCCCUAUCUCAGCUUCAGAUUCAUCUUUGUCUAUGCUGGGUUCGGAGCGCCCAUCCCGGCCCAGUCCAAUGUACAUGAGGAAUGAAGAUGAUGACCUCAUGGACUCAGCUCUCACUGGUAACCUUUAAUUUAAUUUUUUUUUUCUCUCGGUUUUAACACAUGCCUUUUAACAUACAAAGGAAACUUCUAUUUAUUUAACUCAAGCCACAAUUUGGGACUCGAUAUAAGAAUACUGUGGCUCUCUGAGUGAUCAUUGUCCUGUUUAAGCUGCAUUUUAAUGACAUAUUUUACUGUUUUACUAUCAAUGUGUAAUAUUUAGGGUUUGGGAAGCCGAUUGUACAUGAAGUUGGUUAUCCAAAUACAAACUUCCUUAAGCUUUAUUAAGGAAACAGAUUUAAACAGUAUAUUUUCAAAGAAAUUAACAUUAUUUUUGUCUUUCUUGUGAUGUCAGAAGUUCUUUUCUUUUCACAUUUAAUACAUUUUCUGCUCUUCAUAAUUAAUUGGUGUUUCAUACAAACAUGCCAGAUUGCCACUUAUUAAGUAUGUCUGCUGUUAAAGAAAACAAAGUAUUGUAAAAGAAGGAUACAGUGUUCAGAUGCCUUGUUUUUUUCAGAUAAAACUGGGAAUUUUGUAGAUUUUGAUACAUUUUGAACUGUUGAUGUGCAAGUUAGUAAUAGGUGAAGAAGACUGCAACUGAUGAUGAUGAUGAUGAUGAUGAUGAUGGAGAAAAAGAGAUGCUGUUAAUUUUUUAACUGUAGAAGAUUUGGAAGCUUGAAAUAAACAUUUCACUUCUGGAAAAA